GCUAGCUCGCCAAAGCAUUAAGGUUAUCUAUCCACGUACAGCACAGGGGGUCGCGCAAUCUUGAUAAAAUUUCACUGAAACAGGUUAUCAUCGUCAUGGAGUUUUUAAAUUUAGACGGAUUUCAAUAUAUUCAUAUGUACACUUAUCAGUAUGUAACUUGAUACUCUGGAGCUUUUAAAAAAAAUAUCUCUUCAUUCGAGAACCUUGAAUCAGUUAUCUUUAUUCUGGAUUCAAGAAGUGGCUGGAAUUAAGGCGUAGUAAUUUCGGUUGAUUUUUUACACGGAAACAGGGUGUUUUGGGAUAUUGUAAACGUGUUAACCAUGGAUCAAAAGCCACCUCGUCCCCGCACUUUACAGUUGUCGCCAGUGACGGCCAAGAAAGCGCCUCGUUCUGGACGACAUAGAAAACAUGGCUCUUCGCGACAACGAAACGCAACGGAACUGAAAAUCCUCGCAAAUAAUAUCCGAGGAAUCAUAGAGGACAUUUCCUUUCAGAAUAGUGAACAAUCCAGAGAGAAUGUACUUCGUCGAUCUUACAUUGGAAUAAGCAGAAGUGCCGCUGCCUAUGGAGAACAAUCCGAACCACUGUUUUCCCGAAGGAAUAUCGUCUCGGCAUUUUACGGAGAAAAUCGUUCCGGAGAUGGUGUCACAAGAGAAUCGGCUAUGCAGAUGUCAAACCGGGUUGCGAAAACGGAAAGAUACGACAGUAGAUUACAACAAGAGGUUAAAACAGACAAACGCCAGUCUUGUCCGUGGGAUCUCUCGUAUUUUGACCAACAUGGUGACAAUAGGUCUCUCCAAAUUCUGGCUUCGGAAAUUAACCACCUCCGAGAAAUCCGCGAGAACGAGGUACGAGAUUUACUGACUGUAAACAACAAACUCCAACAUGACUUGUUUGACGCCGAUCGGGAUAUUUGUGCGUUACAAGAGAAAAACUUCCAGUGUAAUAAGAGACUGGAAGAUAUGUUACGUGUUUAUGAAAGAAUUCGUGAAAAUCUGAAGCAAUGUUUAACAAAAGUCAAAGACCUCGAGAGCCUUGGAAAAUUUACGCCUCUCAACUCCGAUGACGAAUCUGCAUCUCGGACCCAGAAAGGAGAUGACCAAUCUGCUGACCAGGCCAGUAUGUCCUCGGGAUUCAACACUUUAUCGGACAUGUCUGAAAGCCUCCCACUGGACACAGUGGCUAUGGGAUACGAAGGUGAUGGAGAAAAUUCGACCUGUGAGAGACGCCGAGUAGGGCUGUCUGAUAUGAACGAGCUUCUGAGGGACAUUGAUUCCAUCAGUCUCGAUAGUCGCAGCACCGGAUGUGGAGGUUCUCCCCCGGAUGGUAACAAUGGAACAUCUCCACAUCCGGAACGGAGACUGUUGGUGAGACUUCAGGAAGAUGUAAACUCACUGUCUCAGAUUAAUAGGGACCAAUCCCAGGAAAUUGAGCGUCUCCGUUCGGAUCUGACGUCGUGUCGAAAACACAUGAGUUCCUCACAGUUUCAACUAGAGGCAGUGGAGAUCGAAUGCAGUCGUUUAUUAGCAAUGGAAGACCAAAUAGCCUCUGUGAUUACAUUGCUUCAGAGGGCUAAGGACGUGCAUCUACAUAGACAGAUUUUGGGGGACAUUAUCUUCAAUGCUGUAACGUCUUCAAUGUCCCUCUCCAGCGGAUCAUCAGGGAUCCCAGCAGAUGUGUUUUUGCGAGAGCUUCAGGAAAGAUUAUCAAUGCAUUCUCAACUUGCUCUUCCGGAAUUACACGACGCAAUCGAACCCAAGAAAAUGUCAUCCUCUAGUGGUAAGGAACAUAGUGCGCAUGCUCUGCCCAAGAAACGGCCAGGAAGUGGAGAUAGCAAACGUUUUGGCGCCGUAUUUUCGGAUCUUUCCCUUUCCCAACCUGUUCUAGAGUUUGGAAAGCCGACAGAGAGAAGGCUGAAUGUCGGGGACGCGAAGCCAAAGACUUCGGAUAAAAAAGAUAUGCUUGAGGCACUUAAAUUCAUUGACGAUGAAGAGGAUCAGCUAAGCGAAGCGGAGUCCUUCCACAGUGUCGGCAAAUACCUAGUGGGUGAUUUUGAAAAGAAUUGAGAGCAUUUGUUGAAAUCGAUUACAGUAUUGGUAUUUUCUGUUUAGAAAAGUAGGAACAUAGAAAAAUAUAGUGAAGUGUAAAAAAUAGAUAAUAUAAAAUUAGAUAUCAUGUAUAUGUAUACGUGAUCAUAGAUUAACGUUUUGAUUCUGUAGAAUGAUUACUAUUAAUCCCUGUAUUUAUGUCUGAUUUACUUGGAAUUCAGAGCAUAUAUAUAUGUGUUUUUACUUACAAUAAAUCACAUUUCAGUCAAACAUUUUAGUUCAUAUACACAUAAAA